UCCACCAUGAAGUGUGGCAAGUGCGGCGUCCAGAAACUGUCCCGUGAGUUCCCACCGUGGCCCUUGGGGGAAUCCUGUGACCACGCUAUUCUGCACUGUCUGAGGUGUGUGACAGCAUAUGCUGAACAACACGGGCGGUGCUCUCAGUGUGGAAAUGAAGUCAGUAAAUCUUCCAGUCGUCUGAAACGGUGCUACUGCGAACUAAAGGCCCUCUUUACCGAGUAUAAGCCCACGUUUGUUCCCCAGACCGCAGCGUUGGCGUCUGGUGAGAGAGGCUACGUCAGUAUGGCCAUGUUGAACGGCGACAGCACCAGCGUGGAGCUGAACCCGUCCACGACAGUCUCCAGACUCAAGGAGAUUGUCAGAGAGAAACUGGAGGUGCCGCUGGAGAAUCAACAAUUGAUUUACAACGGCAUAGAAAUGGAGGAAUUCACCGAAUCACAUGCCCAGACGACCCUUGGCUCUUACAAGGUUCCCCCUAAAACGACCAUCUACGUCCGUCGGCUUCUAUACUCUGUGCCAGCUAGUCUGGACAAGGUUGUCUUCGACCUGAACUGGGGGUAUCCAGCAAGUGGCAAGGAUGCUCUCGACGCAAGUGUGCUGAUCUUUAACGGGAAGAUAUGUGUUGACGUUCUCGACUACAAACGUAAAUCCCAGCCUGCAAUGCGGCAUUCUGGCGAUGUGAUGAACGAUGAAACUCAAACGGGUCAUCAUUUAAUCAAUGUCGAUCUUCACAGCCUCUCAAGUUUAAUCACUCGCCUGUUCUUCACCCUAAGCGCUUGGAACUCUCCCACCGUCUCCAAGUACCCUAAUCCCAGCCUGCGGUGCUACGAGGAGUCCAACCCCGACAAGAUGCUGUGCGAGGACUAUAUAAAGAAACUGAACCAGUCCCAGGCGAUAGUCGUGUGCUGGUUGGCCAGGCAGAGAGGCAAGUGGUGUGUCUUCAGUGCUGGCAAGCCAUCUGCCGGCAAUGCUGAGGACUAUAACCCUCUUAUUGCCACAAUACAGGGCAUGAUCGCCAAGGGAUUGUAAGAGCGUGCAUGAUAUGAAAC